CAUAUUCCUGGUAGUUUGCCAUCUUCCGUUUUUGUCAUUAUCCCAAGGGAAGUAUUAAAACCACAAACAACAACAUGGUGGUUCAGUCCAUUUUCUUCGCCAGAGAAAGCCUUUCUUCCCGUGCCACAGUCGCUGUUUUUUUUCCUCCUCCGGCUCUCUGCGAUGGCAAGCCAUAAACAUUCUCUCGGCUGGCUCUCUCUCCUUUAGCAAGAUGCUCGGUCGGAAAUAUCUGCUCCUUCCCCCCACCUGCUCGGUCUGGAUGGUACAGUCUGCAGAGGGACUCCUGUAAUGUAGCUCAGUUUAUCAAUCCCUUACAGAUGCCGAACAGUGAUUACUCCGGUGUGGUAAUUGAAAUAAUUUUGGAUUUGUGAUGAUAUCUUAGUCAAGUGUGAAGUAAAAGAUGUCCAUGUAGAUGCCAGCAGCCGGGCGGCAACAUAAUGGGAAACAGUGAAUGGACUGGAACUGGCCUACAACCUUGAAGGCAGCCAUCCUGCGGACUACUACGUGGUUGGAGAAACUUCAGCCAUUAGCUUUUUUCUCAACUUUGAAUUCUGGAGGCCUAAAGUGGAAUCCUUUUACAGUCUAGGCUGGACCUUGUGCUUCCACCCUUGCAAGUUUUCAAGUGAGCUGAGCAAUACCAUCGGCAGCAAUGGGUGACAUGACAAAUAGCGAUUUUUAUUCAAAGAACCAAAGAAAUGAGGCCAACCAUGCAGGAGAGUUUGGGUGCACACUUGAGGACCUGCGUUCUCUCAUGGAACUUCGAGGAACAGAAGCAGUAGUAAAAAUUAAAGAGACCUUUGGAGACACAGAGGGCCUCUGCAGACACUUGAAGACAUCGCCAACAGAAGGAUUACCUGGCACUGCUGCUGACUUAGAUCAAAGAAAAUUAAUUUUUGGGAAAAACUUUAUACCUCCAAAGAAGCCAAAAACUUUCCUACAGUUAGUCUGGGAAGCAUUACAGGAUGUGACUCUUAUCAUCUUGGAAAUUGCAGCCAUCAUAUCUCUUGGGCUCUCAUUUUAUCAUCCUCCUGGAGAGGGAAGUGAAGGUUGUGCUGCUGCAUCAGGAGGAGCUGAAGAUGAAGGGGAGGCAGAAGCUGGCUGGAUUGAAGGUGCUGCCAUCCUCCUCUCUGUUAUUUGUGUGGUACUGGUCACUGCCUUUAAUGACUGGAGCAAAGAGAAGCAAUUUCGUGGACUUCAAAGUCGUAUUGAGCAAGAACAGAAAUUUACUGUGGUCCGGGGUGCACAAGUUAUUCAGAUCCCAGUAGCAGAGAUAGUAGUUGGUGACAUUGCACAGAUCAAAUAUGGUGACCUUCUACCUUCUGAUGGGGUAUUUAUUCAAGGAAAUGACCUUAAGAUUGAUGAAAGCUCUUUAACUGGAGAGUCAGAUCAAGUUCGCAAAUCUGUUGACAAAGAUCCAAUGUUGCUUUCUGGUACCCAUGUUAUGGAAGGCUCAGGAAGAAUGGUUGUUACUGCUGUUGGAGUUAAUUCUCAAACAGGGAUCAUAUUCACUCUAUUAGGUGCUGGUGAAGAAGAGGAGAAGAAGGAUAAAAAAGGUAUGAAAAGGGAGGAUGGACAUCAGCUUCCAGUAGAUUCUUCCCAUCCUUCCUUCCACCCUCCUUCAACUACAGAUGGGGCAGCAGGUGCAAAUGCCACUGAUAAUGCAAAUGCCAGCUUAGUCAAUGGCAAAAUGCAGGAUGGAAAUAUGGAGAACAGCCAGAAUAAAGCCAAACAACAGGAUGGUGCAGCUGCAAUGGAGAUGCAGCCGCUGAAGAGUGCAGAAGGGGGAGAAGGAGAUGACAAAGACAAGAGGAAAGCUAACAUGCAUAAGAAAGAGAAAUCUGUUCUCCAGGGGAAGCUGACAAAAUUGGCUGUCCAGAUCGGCAAAGCAGGUUUGGUGAUGUCUGCCAUCACAGUCAUUAUUUUAGUACUCUACUUUUGUAUUGACACCUUUGUAAUCAACAAGAAGCCAUGGCUGCCUGAAUGUACUCCAGUCUAUGUUCAAUAUUUUGUGAAGUUUUUCAUCAUUGGUGUGACUGUGCUUGUAGUUGCUGUCCCAGAAGGACUUCCUCUUGCUGUCACUAUUUCCCUUGCAUACUCUGUAAAGAAAAUGAUGAAAGACAACAAUUUGGUCCGUCAUCUAGAUGCAUGUGAGACUAUGGGUAAUGCUACAGCCAUCUGCUCUGAUAAGACAGGGACAUUAACAACUAACCGAAUGACUGUAGUGCAAGCCUAUGUUGGAGAUGUCCACUACAAAGAGAUCCCUAGCCCAGAUUCCAUUCCAGCCAAAACUCUGGAGUUGCUGGUUAAUGCCAUUGCUCUCAACAGUGCUUAUACUACAAAGAUUCUGCCACCAGAAAAGGAAGGUGGUCUACCUCGUCAGGUUGGCAACAAGACAGAAUGUGGCUUAUUGGGGUUUGUCUUGGACCUCAAGCAGGAUUAUCAGCCUGUCCGGAAUCAAAUCCCUGAAGAGAAGCUGUACAAAGUAUACACAUUUAACUCUGUGAGAAAGUCAAUGAGCACUGUCAUUAAAUUGCCAGAUGGUAGCUUCCGAAUGUACAGCAAAGGAGCUUCAGAAAUUGUCCUUAAAAAAUGUUCUAAGAUCCUUAAUGCAGCAGGUGAGUCUCGCAUCUUUAGACCACGUGACAGGGAUGAGAUGGUAAAGAAGGUGAUUGAACCCAUGGCCUGUGAUGGACUAAGAACCAUCUGUGUUGCAUAUCGAGACUUCUCCAAUAACCCUGAGCCAGACUGGGACAAUGAAAAUGAUAUUUUAACUGACCUGACCUGCAUUUGUGUGGUUGGCAUAGAAGAUCCUGUAAGACCUGAGGUGCCAGAAGCUAUAAGAAAGUGCCAACGAGCUGGAAUUACAGUCCGCAUGGUCACUGGAGACAACAUCAAUACAGCUCGUGCCAUUGCUAUAAAGUGUGGAAUCAUUCAUCCUGGAGAAGACUUCCUCUGUAUUGAGGGAAAGGAGUUCAACCGAAGGAUCAGAAAUGAGAAGGGGGAGAUUGAGCAGGAACGAAUUGACAAGAUCUGGCCAAAACUUCGUGUCCUUGCUCGUUCAUCUCCCACUGAUAAGCACACUUUGGUAAAAGGUAUUAUUGACAGCACACAAGUGGAGCAGAGACAGGUUGUAGCAGUAACUGGCGAUGGAACUAAUGAUGGACCAGCACUUAAGAAAGCUGAUGUUGGCUUUGCAAUGGGUAUUGCAGGAACUGACGUGGCAAAGGAAGCAUCUGAUAUUAUCCUAACAGAUGACAAUUUCAGUAGUAUUGUGAAAGCUGUAAUGUGGGGCCGUAAUGUUUAUGACAGUAUCUCCAAGUUCCUGCAGUUCCAGCUCACAGUCAAUGUUGUGGCUGUGAUUGUUGCUUUCACUGGUGCUUGCAUUACCCAGGAUUCUCCAUUGAAAGCUGUACAGAUGCUAUGGGUCAAUCUGAUUAUGGACACCUUUGCCUCUCUUGCUCUGGCAACAGAGCCUCCCACAGAAUCCCUGUUGCUCAGGAAACCAUAUGGCAGAAACAAGCCUCUUAUAUCACGCACUAUGAUGAAGAACAUUUUGGGCCAUGCUGUAUACCAGCUCACUCUCAUUUUUACCCUCCUCUUUGUUGGUGAAAAAAUAUUCAAGAUUGACAAUGGCAGGAAUGCACCACUCCACUCUCCGCCUUCUGAGCAUUACACCAUCAUCUUCAAUACCUUUGUCAUGAUGCAGCUGUUCAAUGAAAUCAAUGCACGCAAGAUCCAUGGUGAAAGGAAUGUUUUUGAUGGCAUCUUUAGAAAUCCUAUAUUUUGCACUAUUGUACUGGGAACAUUUGCUGUGCAGAUAGUAAUUGUACAGUUUGGUGGAAAACCUUUUAGCUGUUCUCCUUUGCAACUUGACCAGUGGAUGUGGUGUGUAUUCAUUGGAUUGGGUGAACUUGUGUGGGGGCAGGUCAUUGCAACCAUCCCAACAAGCAGGCUGAAGUUUUUAAAGGAAGCAGGAGGUCUCACAGAAAAGACAGAGGUGCCUGAAGAAGAACUGAAUGAAGAUGUGGAAGAAAUUGAUCAUGCAGAGCGAGAACUUCGACGUGGACAAAUCCUCUGGUUCAGAGGGCUUAAUAGAAUCCAAACACAGAUUGAAGUAGUCAAUACUUUCAAGAGUGGCACUUCCUUUCAGGGAGCUCUCAGGAGACAGUCCUCCGUCACCAGCCAGAACCAGGAUAUCCGCGUCGUGAAGGCAUUCCGUAGCUCUCUCUAUGAAGGUUUAGAAAAACCAGAAUCUAGAACAUCCAUUCACAACUUUAUGACUCAUCCUGAAUUUAGGAUAGAAGAUUCCCAGCCCCAUAUUCCUCUCAUUGAUGAUGCAGACCUAGAAGACCCUGCUCUCAAGCAAAACCCAAGUCCACCGUCUUCGCUGAACAAGAACAACAGUGCUAUUGACAGUGGAAUAAACCUUACAACUGAUACAAGUAAAUCAGCUACCUCUUCUAGUCCAGGAAGCCCGAUUCAUAGCCUGGAGACAUCACUUUAGCUGAAAAUGUCACUGCAAAAAUAUUAAUAUAAAUAUUAAUAUAUACAUAGAAAAUAUGUAUAAACAAUGCUGGCUGAGAAGCUGUUUGAACUCCUAUCUGCUUUGAAAAAAAGGAAUGAAAAUUAAACAUUGAUUGCGGUGAUUUGGGGGAAAGAAUGAAUGGCUGAUUUAUAUAUUCCUUUCUUGUGCCCCUGCAGAAAACAAAACAAAAUGAAAACAAUACCAAUGCCCUCCUGCAUGAAUGUACUGUCCACUUCCAGCUCUCCCUUCUUUUUAUUCCUUAAGCAGGAAAUGCAAAGGACUUCUUUGAGGCUAUUUAUCCAAUUCACUGGUCUGUGAGGUUUUUUUUAAAAUGCUUGUGUGGCAUGGACUCAGUUGUAUAGAUUAAUUUAAAUAACUUUUUGAAGUUGCAAAGCUUAACUUGCACAGUAGAUUUGCACCAGUUGGACAGAGGAACCUAAUAAGCAUUUAUGAGACUAUAUAUAGAGAUAUAUACAUAUAAAUAUAUACAUGAUAUAUUAUAACUAUACAUGUGUAUAUAUCCAUAUAUAUAUUGUUUUAUAUAUAUAUAUAGAUAUAUAUAUAUAUAAAGUUUCUUUGUUGGCAUGUUGCCUUUUUCUGCUCAAAUUGCUCUAUUUUAACUUAUUUAUGUCCUAAAAAUAAAGAAUGUAAUUUGUUUACAGACCUGUAGAUAAUAUCCUUAAAUAUUUGUAGGAUUAAGACAGCACUUCCUGCCGAGAUAAUAUACAAAUUGCUCAGUUCCAUGAAAAUUUCUGUAAUAUGGCACCCUGGAUGUUUUAUUACAACUGUGAUCUGAUUUUGCCUGUUAGUUUUUUGGGGUUUUUUUAAAUGUAGAUAAUGCUAGGAAAUAACAAAAGAAGCCAAAAUAUAACAUAGUGGAUGUAGCAUCGUGAUCCCAUAUAGAAGGCAAUGAAACAGAAUGGCUUCCUUUGUUUUAAAUACAAAUUUAAAUGAUCAGGUUUUUUGCUCUCUCUCUCACUCUUUUUUAAUGAAUUGUUUGACCUUGUUUUGAUGCAAUACUCAAUGACUAGGCCAUUUCCUUAUUUAAGUGUACUGCAAUGGCUUCUUAAACAUAUUUUUUUAAAAAAUAAAGCUCAGUGGAGUUACUGAAUAUCAGUUCAAAAUAAGUUAUAUUUGGCUAUGUAUGAAGAUGAAACUAGUAUUGAAAUACAGUGUGCUGAUUCUUUUCUAAUAGAACGUUAGGAAUUUUUUUCUUGCAAUAUAUGGGCUGUUGGCAUUUUGGAUGAGAACCACUAUGGUUUGUUGCUUUGACUUUUUUUAAAAAAAGAAAAUAUCAUAUGUAGAACUGAAUGAAACUUUAUGAAGUGUAUACUGAAAUGUGCUUUGUGUGAUUAUUUUUAAACCAAGCUUGUCUUCCUGUACUUACAUUAGUACAUAUUAGAGAAUUCACCUAUUUUGUCCCCCCCCCCCAAUGUAUUGUGCUUUUGAUAAGGAAAGCCAUUGUGAACAGCUUAAUACUUUUGGGUGAGUUCUUUAUUUUUAAUUUUUCAAGAUGAUAACAGCCCUGGUAACUUAAAAGCAUAUAUAAUUCUUAUGUCAACCACUUGAAUGCUAAGCACUUUGUGGGUCACAGAUUUUUCAUAAAUGACUUUUGUAUUUAAUACAAAGUUUGCUUCGGGACUUUUCAGCAUACAGUCUUUUCCAUAAACUUGUACAGUGCAAAAAGACAUUUUGAUUAAUAUGAUCAAUUAUGCCAGAAAAGGUGUUUUUUUGGGGGGGGGAGCCUGGGUGCUUUUAAUUAGCUCAAAAACUUCACUUGCUGUUAUAUUGUCUGCUGUUUUAAAGUUGGCUAAUAAGGUGGAACGGCUCUAUAGCCAGAAGAAUUAUUCCAAGCCAGAAACUCUUCUGACAACAUGAGAUUCCUGGCCAAACUGCAGUUUGAAAUGACUAAUGUUCACCAUGACUAUUCAGCCAGGUAAAGCUCUAGCCAGUUUGAAUUGCCAGCUUUUGGACUCUUAAAAGAUGCUUUAAGUGUCUUUUGGUUCCACAUAGCUCACUCUGAUCCAGACAUCUAGCUGAACAACAAACUUUCCCAGGCUUACACAGUCCUCUGCUCUACAAACAGUGUUACCUGUUUCUUAACUCUCAAAGCUGGCAUGAAAACCCCACCGAGCUGACUUCAGCUUAUUCUUAGAAUGUUAGUAAGGGUCCACUUUGGGUUGUAAAUGACUAACUAGCUUCUGUGUAACACUGAGGUUCUAUAUUUUACUUGCAAUACCACAUUUCAGAAAAGAAAAUAAUAAAACCUAUAUACAGAGAAAGCAUGUAUGUAGCUUUGGACUCAAGCAACUACAAAAUUCUUGGCACUGGAAGCUUUUUUGUUUUUGACAUCUUAAUAUGGAUGGUUUGCUUUUUAUUUGUUUUUUGACAAAUACUUUUCCUGGUUUCAUUUCAUUUGUGUGUGUGUGUGUACAUUGUAAUACAGUUUCUUAAUGACCAGUAAGGUACAUUUUGCAAACUUGAAAAAAAACUGUUUAAAAGAAACAAACACUUUAUUCUGUGUAUAUGUAGAAAAAGAAAUAGAAUAUACACUAACUGUGAUGCAUAGGAAACGUCGGCUUCUGUCAACAGAAACUGUGCAUUAUGUAUAUGAUAAAUGACUAUUUUUUAAGAAAGAAAGAAAUGACAUAUACUGACCUUUCAACUUCAGGCUGUUCAUCAUAUUUCCUUUCUUUAUUGCCUGGCCUCUCUACGACAGGAAGAAUGGAUCAAAAAACCAAAACAAUCUAUACAUUGAUAUUCACUGCAACUACAUACAAUGCUUGCUUUUUAAGUGCUGUACCUAAAAGCAUGAGAUUUGUGGGAAACAAUAUAGCAGUACAUUUGGCAAUCCAUUCCAUUAGGGGAUUACUACUACUAUACGUUCAUUCAUCUGUUUUUAUGAAUUUUUUAAAAUCUAGACAAUAAUUGUAAAUAAACCUACUAUCUCUGUUCAUUUAAUACUAUGCAAAAGGUUAUGCUUUCUAUUGUUCCUACAGUGUGAUGCUGGAAUGUUUGUGGUUUCAAAAACAAAAACACACAAAAGUAAAAUAUGUGAUGUAAAUUAUUUUAUAGUUUGAAACAAAUGAUACCGUUUUAUUCUUGCUGCUUACUGUCUGAUAAAUACCUCCUGGCAGAAGCACAAGUGGAUAUUGGAAAAAAAAUAAAUUCACAAAGCAGCAUGUACAAUAAAAGCUUGAAUAUAACAUCCUUCA